AUGAUGCGCUCUAUGACUGCGCUCUUUACGGUGUGCGCCGUGGCGGCGUCCGCAAGGAGGCAUGGUGUAUCACAGAGUGGCGGCGGUGACGUUAGGUCUGUAGGUACAGAGAUCAGCUUUUCAGAGGCAUUUUUCUCGUUCUUCACGAGAAGGGAGGCUGCUUCUGGUGGAAGCUGCGGUCCCUCCGCUGGUAAUGCUGUUUGCGCGGCGGGUCUAUGCUGCUCAGCUGCUGGUAUAUGUGGCACGGGGGCCGCGUUCUGCAGUGCGCCAGACUGCCAGCUAUCAUUCGGGCCAGCCUGUGAUGGAAACCAAGCGCCAACAGGGAGUGAUACGUCGAAAGUCCCGCGCCCGGUGCUUGGCAAUGUCCCGUAUGGGGUCUCCAUCAGCCAUUGUACUGUGAACGGGAAGGUGGCGCUGACUUUCGACGACGGCCCCUAUAUCUACACCUCGGAGCUGCUCGAUACUCUGAAGAGGAACAGCGUUAAGGCGACAUUCUUCGUUGUUGGAAAUAACGGCGCAAAGGGGCAUAUCGAGCUGGCCUCUACCGGGUAUCCCGCCAUUCUGCAACGAAUGUACGCCGAUGGCCAUCAGAUCGGAAGUCACUCAUGGAGCCACCAGGACCUCGGGAAGGUCACGGCCCAGCAGCGUCGAGAUCAGAUUCUCAAGAAUGAGGUUGCCCUGGUGGAUAUUUUGGGCUUUAUCCCCACAUACUUCAGGCCGCCGUACACAAGUUGCCCUGAUGAUUGUCUGAAGGACCUGGGCGAUCUGGGAUACCACGUUGCUAACUAUGACAUUGAUACCCGGGACUGGCAGGGCGACUACACUCCGGGAUCAUCAUCCUGGAUAUCGCUCGCGCACGAUAUUCAGCCAAAUACUGUCCACAGUUUUGCACAGUACAUGAUUGACCAAGCCCAUCAUCUCGGCUACGAGCUCGUGCCCUUGGGCCAGUGUCUGGGAGACCCUGAGGCCAACUGGUACCGUGAUCCAGUAAGUGGCCAGGCCUGGACCGGGAAGUCUCAGCAGCAGUCAUCCUCUUCGUCGGGCACCCAAUCAAGUGCACCUGCCACUGUUGCGAUGCAAAGCCCUGUCGCCGCCCACGCUUCUCCAGCGUCGACUUCCUCGGGCGCCUCGCCGUUGACGCUGCUGACAUCGCAAGCUCUGUCGAUGAGCGUCACCCUGUCACUGGUGUCGACCUUGCUCGUCACUGCAACGUCAGAUCCCACGGUGCCAACGCCGACUCCCGCCGCUGUGGGUGGUGCCUUUGCCGCCGGGACGGACAACGAUACAUCCUCGUCCGCGUCAUCAACGAUAGCUGCCAACGCCACAUUGGAGCCUGCGGCAAGUGGAGCGGUGGACUUGAGCUCGUCGGCUUUUGGAUUUGUGCUGGGGUUCUCGGCCCUCUUGUGGCUGUACUGA